AUGUUUAUCGCAGCUUUCUUCAUCAUUGCCAAAACUUGGAAGCCACAAAGAUGCCCUUCUUCAGCUGAAUGGUCCGUGGGGUGGGGGCGGGCGCGGGGGGAGCUGGGGAGCACGGCUUCUGUGUGCCACACCCCCGGCCACAGUGCCUUGGCUCCCUCCGCCUGGGGCUGCCCGCGCUCCCGGCCGCGCGGUGCGAGCGGCCCCCGCACGGGGGCGCUGUGGGCACGGGCUGCGGGCACGGCCCCGGGGGCCCCGGAGGCGGCAGGUGUCCGCGGGCGGGCGGGGGCUGCAGGUGCGCGGUCCCGCCGGGGCUACAGGUGUGGGGUCCCCGCCGGGGCUGCAGGUGCAGGGGUCCUGCCGGGGCUACAGGUGCGGGGUACCCGCCGGGGCUGCAGGUGCGCGGUCCUCUCCAGGUGUCCGCGCGCAGGCGGGCCGGGGCUGCAGGUGCAGGGGUCCCGCCGGGGCUACAGGUGCGGGGUACCCGCCGGGGCUGCAGGUGCGCGGUCCCCGCCAGGUGUCCGCGGGCGGGCCGGGGCUGCAGGUGCGGGGUCCCCGCCGGGGCUGGAGGUGCGCGGUCCCCGCCAGGUGUCCGCGGGCGGGCCGGGGUUGCAGGGGCAGGGUCCCCGCCAGGGCUACAGGUGCAGGGUCCCCGCCGGGGCUGCAGGUGCCGGGUCUCCGCCGGGGCUGCAGGUGCGGGGUCCCCGCCGGGGCUACAGGUGCGGGGUCCCCUCCAGGGCUACAGGUGCGGGGUCCCCGCCGGGGCUGCAGGUGCGGGGUCCCCGCCGGGGCUACAGGUGCGGGGUCCCCGCCGGGGCUGCAGGUGCGGGGUCCCCGCCAGGGGCUGCAGGUGCGGGGUCCCCGCCGGGGCUGCAGGUGCGGGGUCCCCGCCAGGGGCUGCAGGUGCGGGGUCCCCGCCGGGGCUGCAGGUGCGGGGUCCCCGCCGGGGCGGCGCGGGAGGAGCGCUCGCCAGCGGGCGGGUGCGGGGGCGCGGGCAGGCCCCGCGGAGCCCUGCGCGGGGGCGGAGGAGGGGGCGCGGCGCUGCGGGCCGAGGGCGCGAUGGCGGGGCCGUGGGGCGCGGCGGGCGGGCCCCCCAAGGGCAACGGCAGCGGCAGCGCCCUGCUCAACGCCUCGCAGCGGGCGGCGGGCGGCGGGGAGGGCGCCGCGGGGCCGCGCCCCCCGUGGGUGGCCUGCACGCUCGCCGUGGUCCUCAUCUUCACCAUCGUGGUGGACGUCCUGGGCAGCCUCCUGGUCAUCCUGUCCGUGUAUCGGAACAAGAAGCUGAGGAACGCAGGAAAUAUAUUUGUGGUGAGCCUUGCAGUUGCAGACCUGGUGGUGGCUGUUUAUCCAUAUCCCCUGGUGCUGACAUCUAUAUUUAACAAUGGAUGGAAUCUGGGCUAUCUGCACUGCCAAAUCAGUGGCUUCGUGAUGGGCCUGAGUGUCAUCGGCUCCAUAUUCAAUAUCACUGGAAUUGCCAUUAACCGCUAUUGCUACAUCUGCCACAGUCUCAAGUAUGACAAGCUGUACAGUAACAAGAAUUCCCUCUGCUACGUGUUCCUGAUAUGGAUGCUGACGCUGGUGGCAGUCAUGCCCAACUUGCGCACUGGAACCCUGCAAUAUGACCCAAGGAUCUACUCCUGCACAUUCGCACAGUCUAUCAGUUCAGCAUACACGAUAGCUGUAGUGGUUUUCCAUUUCAUAGUUCCUAUGACCAUAGUCAUCUUCUGUUACCUGAGAAUAUGGAUCCUGGUUCUUCAGGUCAGACGGAGGGUGAAACCUGACAGUAAACCCAAAAUGAAACCACAGGACUUCAGGAAUUUUGUCACCAUGUUUGUGGUUUUUGUACUUUUUGCCAUUUGCUGGGCUCCUCUAAAUUUUAUUGGUCUCGCUGUGGCUUCAAACCCUGACAGCAUGGGACCCAGGAUCCCAGAGUGGCUAUUUGUGGCCAGUUACUAUAUGGCAUAUUUCAACAGCUGUCUCAAUGCAAUUAUAUAUGGACUACUGAAUCAAAAUUUCAGAAAGGAAUACAGAAGGAUUAUAGUCUCACUGUGUACAGCCAGAAUGUUCUUUGUGGAUAGUUCUAAUGAUGUAGCACAUAGGGUUAACUGCAAACCCUCUCCAUUAAUGACCAACAAUAACCUAAUAAAAGUGGACUCUGUUUAAAAUAUAAAGCACUUCUGGCAAGAUAUAUGCACCACUCAAGAUUUUACUCACUUUCAUGUUUGCUUCCUUCUUGACAGAUGCCUAGACACACAAAGUAGUGGAGAAAACUUGCACUUCUAAGAGGUUGCCUCUAGUUUAUUGAACUGCUAUGCUAUCAGCCUUUUGAAUAAGUCUCUAAUUCUGCUUAUGAAGAGAAAUACAGAACAUAAAGAGUUACACGUUAAUUUGAAAAUAAGGUUCAGGGAUAGGGGUGUGGGGCAGUAAUUUUAAAUAAAAAUGCUAAAUAUAUUUGAGUGGAGAAAGAGUAUGCAAACUUUUCUUUUGUUGCAAAUGAAUGUCACAAAGUAAUUGCUUUUUUCCUCCACUUUUUGAAGAUUUCUUGUCAGAAAACAAAUGUGUCAUAGUUGUAAACAAGCAAAUGGAACAAAAAGAGAAAAGUGGAAUGACUGAUUCAUUAAAUAGGAAAAGGCUGAAAGUGAAUCAGGGACUACCUCGACGUAACAGCAACAACCACAACAAAGUUUUCCCUUGGCAGUAGGUAGCAUUGGGUAACUACAGUCAUGAUCAUGAAUAUGGUCUCUAUUAAAAGGUGUACAUUCAACUAGAUAAAGAGCUAGCUACAUGAAGGAACUCUUUUUCAGAUGUCAAUAGCCAUAGUAUUUGAAAACAAGAACAAAAUAUAAAACUCUAUUUGACUUUAUUAGACAUUUGCUUUAUUAUUUUGUCAUGGAAUAUCAUUAUUCAUGUUACUUACAAGCUGUUUUGAACUGAUCUCUGUUGAUUAUGAAGUCAUCUAAUCAAUUUAAUUAAAAUUGACAAGGAAUCAAAGAGCUGUAUACAGUGCUGAAUUUGUCUUAUAUUAAUCAUCUAUUUGGGCAAGUAAAUAUCUAAACUAGAAGGUUCUUAUUUUAUUUUUUUAAAUUUUAUUUAUUUAUUCAUGAGAGACACACAGAGAGAGGUAGAGACAUAGGGAGAGGGAGAACCAGGUUCCCUGUGGGGAGCCCAAUGCAGGACUCAAUCUCAGGACUCCGGGAUCAUGGCACGGAUCAAAGGCAGAUAGGUAAAACAAAACAAAACAAAACAAAACAAAAAACAAAGGCAGGUAGGUGCUCAACCAUUGAGCCACUCAGGUGCCCUGAUAGUUCUUUUAUAGAUAUUUCAAAGAAAUAUUCUUUAAUAAUUCAUUUCAGCAUUUGAUUGCCCUAAUAAUCCGAAAAGUCUAGGAAAAAAUGCACAGGUAACUAUGGUUUCAUAAACUAUGGCUCUAGUUUAUCCCAAAAAGCUAUUUAGGACAACACUGUCAGGUUUGUUACCUGAAGGAGGGCUUCACAGGAAAUUAGAGCCAUGGCUUCUUGUGUUUUAAAGUUUUUCAACAAAACUAUUACAUAGUAGAAAGAGUUAGUGAUUUGCCAACUGUAUACAUAAAACAAAAAAUGAUCUGGAUAUAUUUGCUAAAUACCUCUAUAGCUAGAUAAUCAGAAUCUCCUUGGAAAUGCUAUCAAUUGUUAUAAAAUAUUCCUGUGAUAACUGUUUCCAUCAAGCAUAUUUAGGAAACACUAAAUUAUGGUUCGUGGUGAGGAGUGUAGGGGUGUGUAUUUGUGUGUGUAAGUUAUCUCUAAAACUUUACCCAUUAAAUCAUUUAUGUGUAACGUUCUAGUCAGAACCAACACUAAAUAGUAAGGACAAUUUUUAAACUUGUGUUCCAAAUUUCAGAUAACUGAACCUUAAAAAUAUUAACCAUGGUACUUAAACUCUUUUUAAAAUAUAGGACACUUUUAUUUUGUCCCUGGGGAUAAACUACUAUGUAGCCUAUUAACUGUAUAUUCCUUUGCUCCUUAUAGAAUUUUGCUUCUUAGUUUAUACAAUAGCAAAAAUACUAAAUAGAAACUGUGCCCUUUAAAAAUUGUCUGCAUAGUAGAGUAUCUCACCUUAAAAUCAGAUAUGUAACUUAACAUCUUAAAAUGUUUUUCUUUGCUACAUCAGAAGACUAACUAGUUAAAAUAUUGACAAUGAAAAUGCAACUCAUAAAGACCAGAGUCAAAGUUUCAUAUUUCCUCUAAUGGAAUCUCACUGUAGAAACUUUAUAAACAUUUAAAAUAUUAUCACUGGCUUUCUCACUAUAAUAUCAAUAAGUAGGAUGUCCUUAGCUAACUGUUUUUUGCCUCUGAAAAAUUCAAAUAUGUGAUCAGUUGUGCCUGGUUUUCCAGUGUACAAACAAUUUUGUAGACUGAAAUAUUAACUCUUUUUAGGCUACAAGAUAACUAUUUAUCAAAUGGACUGUUGUUUAGUACAAAUUGGUAUGUGAAUAGCAUGGCCAAAGAUGUGCUGCAUUAUUCAAGGAAGCUAACUCAUGAAGUUUGCUGUGUUGUGUUAAUCAGCUAUAAACCUCUAUUAAAUUAAACCUCUUUAAUCUAUCAGAGUUAUUAUCAAUGUAAUAAUUUUAUAGUCUUCCUUCUAUUUGGAGUACCAGUGGUGAUGUGAGUGAGGGUUAGAAAUGAAAAGAAAUAAAAUUUUGAGUGGCACAUUUACAAAUUUUAUGCAUAUUUUUACUUGCUUAUAGCUUGCGUUUCACUGCAUAGUCUGGAGGCUGUGUGAGGCUGAAAAUAGUACCAAUAUUAAUAUUAGGGGGAGAUGCCUUUUUUCCAAAGCACUGUGGAAUCUGAAACUCUGGAUAGGCCAAAUCUACACAAAACUGUUUGAUUUGUAACAAGGAUAGCAAAACAUCUCAUUGUCUUUUCUAAGAUCAAUUGCUAGAAUUAUGUGCAGUUAUUAGCAUUAUGCAAUUCAAGUUCCUAUUUUAAUAUCCAAUUGAAAUGGAUAGACCAAAGAUUUUGAACAUUCUGAUUUAAGUAAAUCAUUGGAAUAUUACGACUGGAAGGACUGCCUCAAUUCUAUUCUUUUAUGAAAAAUUUAAAUCAUGUAG